AUGGCAACUACUGCCACAGAUAAUCAUCGUAUAGCGCAAUAUCUAGAUAAUGUGCCAUUACCACCAACAACCUAUGUCUUCUCAUAUCAACAAGUACAAGAACAGCGUUUAUUUUUUGAACAUUUUCUCUCUUCUUCCGUGAGCCAGCUGCCCUAUGUUGCAUUGGAUUUGUAUAAAAUGGCGAUCGUGGCCGUUUUACCAGAUGAUGGUGGUUCGAUUAUACUACGAUGCAUCAUCGAAAGAUUAUUCAUUAUUCAUGGUGAAACCAAAUUGAAUAUGAUUUGUCCGAUCGGUGGUGAUGCAGAAAAACGCUAUGGUCGUCCGUAUAAUCUUGUUUGGUGUGCUGAUUUGAAUCAUUCAUCAAUAUCAACCACAACAUCAACUCAAUGA